AUGAACAACUCUGAAAGAAAGCAGUUUGGAUCAGUGGAAGAGGAAAGGGACUACUGGAAGGCGCAGGCCGUGAAACACAAGCAGUGGGCCGAGAAGGCUCAGGAAGAGCUGUGGGAGUUUCAGGAAGGGAGCCGGGAAUAUGAAGCCGAGCUGGAGACCCAGCUGCAGCAGGCCGAAUCCCAGAACAAGGACCUCCGGUCGGAGAACGGCCGGCUUCGGAUGGAAAUCGAGGCCACCAAGGAGAAGCUGGCGACGCAGCAGUCCGAGGGCUACCGGCAGAUCUCCGCCCUGGAGGAGGAGCUGGCCCAGACCAAAGCCGUCAGAGACCAGCUGCAGAAGUACAUCCGGGAACUGGAGCAGGACAACGACGACUUGGAAAGGGCCAAGAGGGCCACGAUUAUGUCUUUGGAAGACUUUGAGCAGCGCCUGAACCAGGCCAUCGAGCGGAACGCCUUCCUGGAGAGUGAGCUCGACGAGAAGGAGAACCUGUUGGAAUCGGUGCAGCGCCUGAAGGACGAAGCCCGAGAUUUACGCCAAGAGCUGGCCGUGCAGCAGAAGCAGGAGAAACCGAAGACCUCGGAGCCAGGGCUGCCAGAAGCGGAGCGGAUGGAGACGGACUUCCAAGCGGCCAGGCUUCUGCCUUUGACCCCUGGGGCCCGCAGAAGGCCGAGUGUGGGGCUCAGCACCCCCGGGACAUUCAGGAGAGGUUUGGAGGACAGCUACAGCGCCACCCCCCUCACGCCAGCAGCCCGGAUUUCAGCGCUCAACAUCGUGGGAGACCUGCUCCGGAAAGUGGGGGCUCUGGAAUCGAAACUGGCCUCGUGCCGCCACUUCGUGUACGACCAGACUCCUUGCCAAAGGCCCUUUUCCCCGUCUGUCCGUUUGAGCGGAGAGGCCCUGGAGCGGCGGCUGAGCAGGCCACACGGGUUGGUGACGCGGCUUGAGAUGGGUAGUCCGCCCUUGAACGCCCCUGGGCCUGUGGCCCUCCUGCCCCAAGGAGUAGUCCAGAUGCUUCUCUGA